AUGGCAGAAGUGACUCGCACCGCAUCGCCGGCCAGCUCGAGGCAUGUGGCUUUCGACGCCAAAUGCCAGGUGAUCCCGGAGGGCGACUGCAACGACCUGCGCAAGCUGCUCAGUCUCUGCCCUACUCGAGCGCAGUCUCCGCCCAUCGUCGGAUCGUCGUCUCGUCCCGCCAGUCUCAUCGCUCGCACCAUCUCACCGCCCUUCGCUCGAGCCAAGUCGCCUCAGCUCAGGAAGGCUUCCGGUUUGGGUCAAGGCGUGCCAAGCGGCUCCACCUCGUGGAAGACGCGUCUCACCAGCUGGGGCAGCGGCGUCGACUCCAACACCAUCGCCGGCAGCUUGUCCGCCGCGUUUGGCGCCCCACCCAACUCCAGUGCGCCCCGCUUGGUCGCUCCCGUACCUGCCAGGGGCACCGCAAGUCCACUCAUCCCCUUCGAGGAUGACAGCCUCGCAGACGCUUCGCCUGCCAAGGAAGAGUCGAUCGACUUUGACGACGUCGACGCCGAGUUCCGCCAGGCCGUGUCCGGAGUGGCCAUGCAGCACCACCACAUGCCAGUCGAACGCGUGCAUACCGCAUCUCCACUGCCCGGCCACGAGCGCUCGUCAAGCCCCUACGUUCGCGCCAUCAUCAACUUGCGCCAGCAGACACCCUCACCUGCACGCCCGCCGCCCAAAAGCUGCCUCGUACGCUCCAAGACCCCGCAAGCGCCACGACCACCCACGCUCAUGAACGACGGCAUGAGGCCGCUUCGAGCCACGCGCUCCAACGAUCGCGAUUGCUGCUUCGAGCGCAGAAGACGCGCGCAAGGCAACCCCGUCAUAUGCCCGUCACCACUCAGCUCGCCCGACGACGAACGCUAUCCGUGGGGCGGCGAUGCUAUCACCCCCAACGAGAACCAUCCGGCGACCAAACCGGCCGAAAAGUCGAAAGGGUCGCGGUGGAGACGCUUCCGUAGAGCGGCUUCCGAAGAUGCGUCGCGAUCUGAGCCGAGCAGCUCGAGCCACAAUGCCCACAUGGACGAGACGGCGGUCAAGCGCGAGAUCCAGGCGGGCCGAUGGCCGUUUGAGGCGCCUCUGAAUGCGGAAUGCAGCUGCAAAAACUGCCAGCACACGAUCGAGGUGGGACUGGCGUCCGACUACGAGCCCAAGUGGACGCGCGCAGCACGCAUCCGCUGGCUCGAGGCGCAGGAGGAUGCCGCCGCUGCGGCUGCGCGGGGCGGCAACGGCACGGCUGUGAUGGCCUCGAGCGGGCUGCCACGAUCCACGAGCCGCACUGCGAUACAGGCCGACGAGAUGGCGCAGCUACACAACGAAACGGCGCACCCCAUGACGCAGGCCGAGUUGGAGGCCGAGCCUGCAUCGCCUGCGGUCGAGCAGGGCGAGCCGAGCUGGGUGGGUGGCGGCGCAAGGGAAGCGAGCGGCGUUCAGGCAAAGCCGCCGAAUCCCACGGGACUCGAAGAGGGCGACGACACGUUGCGGCGCGAAAUCAUGGCUCGACGGCAAAAGAUGGCGCGCCAGAGUCCCGUGAUGCGGUACGGAGCAAGGAGCAUGAUGCGGCAGCUGGAAGAGGCGGAGCGCAUCGAGCAAGAGGCGGCACGGACACGCUCGUCAAGUCGAGAGGGCCAUCGUACCACCGGCUCGGGACGCUCGUCGCCAGCUACGCCCGCCAUGUCGCCAUCGCUUCCGUCGACUCCAGACUCGGUCUCGAACGCGACGCAGGAACGCUCGGCGACCGAGGUAGCUGCAGCUGGCCAGUCGUACUUUGACAUGCCUGCGCCGCCCGAGCGGGUGCGGUCGCCGUUGGUGCCUGCGGGCGCUGUGUCGAGCCCGCGUUUUGCACGACCCGUAGCCGUGCCCUCGACGGCGUUCGGUAUGACCAAUGUGGCGCACGCACUCGAGGCCGCCGUAUCCGGCUCGCCGCCCGAGUCUCCUGCCGAAGAGCAACGGCCAGGCAAAGGGCAAGGAUGA